UUCGUACAGACAAGAGCCAACUAUCUGGCAUAGUAGAGGAAUCUCAAUGCCAGCCAUUGUCAAGGUGAUAUUUCUCCUGGGCUGCGUGCAGCUGAUUCAAGUGGAGAGUAAAAAACACGAUGUGACACUCGAGCUCAGCACUGCGUCCCGCAGUGCGCGUCUAAUGCAGUUCUUAAGGGAGCCCCAGCCGAAAUUCAAUCCCAAUCGACGGGCAGGUCCUGUGCAAAUCCCACGUGUGCGGACAGGUGCCGACAGCUUACACCCGCCACCAGCUUGGCGGCCUCCGCUGCCGCCUCCAGUGCUGGCCGGACAACAGCUGAUGCGACGCGAGUUCAAUGGCAAUUGGCCAUAUAAUAAUGGUGGCAAUACGGGCACACGAUUUGCCCACUCCAAGGAUGCUGCUCCAGUGCUGGAUGUGGUCAAGAGCCAGUUCUAUCGGCCCAAGGAAGCAUCCCAAUACAAUUACCAUGCCAACCAGUACACGCAGAAUUUCAAGGCCUCGCCGCAUUACAGCGGCAACGAGCAGACCAAAUUUCCAGGGUAUGCGCCGAUCCAGCAAUAUGCGAUACCCGUCGAGUCCACCAAAUAUUUGGCUAACUAUGGUGAUUCAGCGGGCAAACCAGCUUCUAAUCAAUUGGGUCAAGCACCAGCUACGAAUACGAAUACGAAUACGAAUACCUAUGCUGUCUAUGAAGAGCCCGAUUCAGCUGCCAAGAAUGCGGCUCAGUAUGUUGCCAGCUAUCAGCAGAGUGCAGUUCCGCAAAAGCUGUCCAAAGAAGCUGAGAGCUAUUUGCAUUUCAUGAGCACCAAUGAUUAUUUCCUGCCCAAACGCGAACCGAACUACAAACAGCAGGACGUUGAACGUGACCAAACAAACUACCAGCAACAGAAGCUCCUUCAGCAGCAGCAGCAACAGCAGCAACACCUACAACAACAACAACAGCAGCAACAUCUACAACAGCAACAUCUACAACAGCAACAGCAGCAACAUCUACAACAGCAACAUCUUCAACAACAGCAGCAGCAGCGACUGGAUAGCAGUGUAUCCUCCAGUUUUAACAAGCCUUUGCGAGUGUCGGAUCUGUUUUAUCAACAGGAUCCGGCUCCGGCCGACUCGGCUGUGGUGCGUGGCAGUUAUCAGGCAGGGCAGAAUGCCUUUGUCGUCAAGUCGGAUGGCAACAAGUCGGUGAAGCAUAUUUUGUCCACUUCGCUGACACCUCGAACAACUCAGGUGCCGCCAGCAUCGACCUACUCUCAUGUUUGGCACAGUGCCCACAAGACCGAAACACCAGAGCCCCUGCGAUUCGAGUUUACGGAACGAGAUGCCAUCCGAGGAUCGGCCAGCUAUACUAAUGCGCCGCAAGGACCCAAGCUCUACUAUGAAACACACACAUCGGCACCUCACAUAUCCACGGCCAGCGUCACACCCAGCAUCUCGGAACGUCCAAGGCCAGUUACGGAAGCUGUCGGCGAGUCUAAGGAAAGCCAUGAAUAUGUCCACAAGCGUCCCCAAGAGCAAGAGCCUGCACCAAUACAACCAGUCGAGUCUCCUCCAAAGGACAACGAAGCUUAUUGUGAAAAAAUUUGCGCAAAUGUCUAUGAUGAAAACGAUGAAAUUGUGUGUGGAUCUGAUGGAUAUAUGUACACGGGCGAAUCACAGCUAGAGUGUUAUUCAUCCUGCCUAAAUAUUGAGGUGUCGAUAAAGAGUAAAGGAUCAUGUGCUUAAGCUUGAGCUUUAUAUGUAAUCUAUUUAUUUACUUGCUUAGUUGUAAUAUUUAUUUUAAAUUAAGGUUAUUUAUUUUUAAUUUAAGCAAAAUAAAGC